AUAACAAAGUUUCUAAAGUUAUACAGACGGCGCUAUAAAUAUCUCUGAUCUUUGACAGAAAGCGGAGAAAUCGAUCAAUUUUUCCAAUUGUGCGUAUGUGUGUGUAUACAAAUUAUACUUCAAAUAGAUUGAUCAAAUUCAAUUUCUUUUAAGAUCCGUUUGUUGCUCGAACGCAGGAAGAUUCCCAACGAAAUUUACACGAAAGAUAUUUCGAUUCGAAGAAACUUAUUUAUAUACUGAUAAGAACACGCGCGUACGCGAGCGUGAAAAAAACAUAUGUCGAUGUAAUCUAACCUGUAACUGAAAACGGAAUAUGAUCUCACGGAGGCGGAUGAUACACGUCAAUUUUGGAUCACGUUUAUCUAAAUAACACAUUUGUAAGUCGGUGUGAAGUGAAAGAAAGAAUAAGAAGAAUAGGAAAGACAAAAAAAAAAACAAACAAGAUCAAGUCUUCGGAUCGAUGUGAAGGCACACGUCAACACGCAAAACAAAAAGGAAUAUGUUAGAAGUUUUUUGAAAAACGCAACAUAAAAUUAAAAUAGCGAGUGUGUGCGACAUUUUAUCUCUGAAUAUCUGAACUUUUUAAUCGCAUUUGUUUCGCUCUCAAAGAGAUGGAUAAAUUAAGAAGAGCCUUAAACGGCAAUGAACGCUGUGACGAGGAGAGUGGUAUUAUUACACAGGUCAUGGACCAAUCAACGUUAAGCUGGUCUACCAGGAUAAAAGGUUUUGCCAUUUGUUUUAUCGUAGGAAUCUUGUGUUCAUUUCUUGGAUCAUUCGCUCUGUUUUUACAAAAGGGUCUAGCCGUCUUUGCUGUAUUCUAUACUCUAGGCAAUUUGAUUUCAUUAGCCAGUACGUGCUUUCUGAUGGGUCCGUUCAACCAAAUUAAAAAGAUGUUUGCGACCACAAGAAUAAUUGCAACUUUAUUAGUAUUAGUUUCUAUUGUUUUAACACUGGUUGCAGCUUUACACUUGCACAAUCCUGGUCUAGCUCUUCUAUUCAUAAUUAUUCAGUCGUUAGCUAUGACGUGGUACUCCUUAUCGUACAUACCGUACGCUCGUGAUGCGGUGAAAAAGACAUUGGAAACCUGUAUUACGUAAAAAAAAAACAAAUUGCGUCACUUGCACGCACACAUUCACGUACUCUCAAUCUGUAUUAUCUUUUUAAAGUUGAUUCUAAGACUAUGUAAUUUAAUCACUUGUUUUUUCUAACAUAUUAACUAUUUUGUACAUAAAAAUGUAUAUUUUUCCGUAUAUAUAUUCACAUACACACAUAAAUUGUUUGAUAUGAUAUUCUCUGCAGGAUAUAAAUAUAA